AUGCGGAACCUCAUAAGCCUCUGCCUCCUGGCCACCCUGGCCGCCCAGGCCGCAGGCCAAGCUAUUGGCAACUGGACAAUCUACCGCUUCUCCCGCAACUGCACCAGCGCUGUCGAGCCGCCCAAGGACCAGAACCGGUGCUCGUACCACUUUUUCAUCAGCGAGAAGCCGGUCGGCGCCCCGGAUGCUUCCUUCCAGCAGUGCACCAUUCACGUCUUCUCGACCUGGCUGCCGGCCACGCAGAUCCCCUGGGUCGCCGUCCCCUGCCUCGAGAACACAGACGUAUCAAAGUACGCCAUCAGCAGCGGCUGGAACAGCAACGGGUUCAUCACGGUCAACGUCAUGAACCUUUUCACGCUCGAGAAUGCAUACUUUGGCUACGACGACAAGGACCUGGUGGGCGGGGCCGAGGUCGCGAACAAGACGGAGAGGGCGUACAAGUUUGGCACGUUUGAGCCCCUUCGCCCUGGCGGUGGCGAGCGGUUGAGCAUGGAGCAGCGCAGGGAGGAGGCUCUUGUGCAGAGACGGGACGACUGCGACGCGGCUUGGUGGGUUGUCAAGAAGCUGCAACGAAGGAUAGACAUGUCCAACCACGUAAAGCUGGGGUUUGUUCUGCAGCGAUGUGGCAUGAAAGACGCCCGCUGUGACGUCCUCACCGAAGCGGCCAACUUCACUCGAGGCAUAGACGCCAGGCUGGACGACUUCCACGACAAGCCUUGCGACAACAACAAAGACUUGCACAUCUCUUGGGGCUACAAGGCUGACACGGAUGGUGGCGUCAUGACCAUCGAGGAUCGGAAAAUGCGUCUCCGGGCGUUUCUGGGCUGGGAUCAUGUCAAUGACCAGAUCACCAUUGAGAAGGAGGCUCGCGGCAGGGUAGAGGCCUUUUAA